UAUCUGUGUCGUAUCCUUACGCAAUACAAAAUAUAAAUUGCGUGCUGCAAGUGCGUACCGUAUCAGUUGGAGUCUUGUGUUCGAUUAUGUCACAUCGCGGCAUUUAUUUCUUUAUUCAAAAUUGCGCCUGUCUGGCGUUUGUCGCCACGAUUGUCGUGGCUGACCGAGAAACAUGCAACGAGGUAAAGUGCCCGGGCCCGUUGAUGUAUUACAAGUCGUUGGGUUGCAAGCCUGUGUACGAAAAGGAAGGCGACUGUUGCGCAAUAAGCUAUAACUGCGAUCACCUGAAGGAAAGGUCCAAAAACAAGUGUUACGUCAACGGCAAGGCAUACGAGAUCAACGAAAAGAUAAGAGAUGAAGAUGCAAAUCCUUGCGACCAUGACUGCGUAUGCAUGAUGGGACGUGAUGGAAUAGCCAAUUUCAAUUGCCAUGCCAUGGAGUCCCCAACCGACUGCCCCCAGUCGGUUAUACCGACUGGCUGCUACACGAGGGACUCCCCGACUAAAUGCUGCCCCGGACCGUUGGUUUGUCCCAAGAAUCCGGAAGACAGAGCAACCUGUGUGGUGGAUGGUAAGACUUAUAAAGAAGGACAGCAUUUCAAGGUAGCGAGCGACCCAGAAUUGGCCUGUGUCUGCCAAGCGGGAUACAAGGAAGAUGAGAACGUUGCGCCCUUCUGCGUGAAACUGAAUCGCGCACGCUGCGAUCCUUACUUCACAGACGCAGCCAGUGUUCGCCAAUACUGUGCACCGGUUUAUUACAACGAACAGCCGCGUCAAACUGGCUGCAAUUUAUUUCACAGAUGCCAGCACGAGAACGACUACGUUAUUCACACCCAUGAAUCUGACGAAGUACCCGAAAUGGAAUGCCGGUUCGGUAAUUUAACGCUACAUCAUCACGACGAGCUGAAUCCAAGAUCGGACUCCAAAGACGUGUGUAUAAGGUGCUUGUGCAAGGUUCCACCUGUGCCUACCUGCGUGAUAAUGCCAGCCAACAAAUGCGACAAGCUAUAAAUCAUUCGCUGUCUCGCUACUAAUUAAUCGUUAUAAUUAUAUGUGUUAUGUUAUAUUAAUCGAUUUUAUCGUGUAAACAUGAUAUUGUAUCGCAUAUAAAAUAAAAAUUUGUGCGACAUUGAUAGGAGGAAUGACACGAUGCUGUAACACUGAGAUAAUAUGGAAAUACACGCUCCUAUAUCAGUUA